AUGCCCCACCCAUGUUGGCUCAUCCACUCUGUCCUCCAAAAGACCCAUUGGGUUCGUCAGGAUAAUCUUAUCCUCAGUGAUAUUUUGACCUCCACUGUCACCACCGUCACCCCUCUCAUCUCUAUAGCCAAGACAUCCCAUGAGGCAUGGAAAAAACUAAAUGCCAUGUAUGCAAGUAAAUUGCGAACAAGAGCCGUGCAACUCAAGGAGGAGCUUACCUUGAUUAAGUGGGGAAAUCGCACAAUAUCGAAUUCCCUGCACACAUUGAAGGCUCUUGUAGAUGAAAUUGCCCUCAUAGACCACCCCAUAUUCAAUGAUGAUUUCACUCUCUACAUCCUCAAUGGUCUGGGUCCUGACUUCCGUGAGAUUGCUGCACCCAUUAGAGCUCGGGAAAAAUCCUUGGCCUUUAAGGAGCUCCAUGAUCCCCUUAUCGGCCAUGAAAGCUACAUGCGCCGUCUUGAAGCCACCACCAAGCAGCUAGUUGCCACAACAAACUACUCCAACUGCCGCUUUGUUCGAACACUUCGACUGGGAGCCCUUAACAAUGAGGGUCUUAUAAGUCAAAUGGGCCUUCUCGUCCUUCAGGCCCAGCUCACAACAAUGAUGACCUGA